AUGGCGGCUGAUGAACCACGGUUGUUAUCGACCGCUACUAUGAUCUGUUUGGUGUCUCAAGACACAAGCCAUCUUUUGAACCCUUCGAUUGCGGUAGAUGUUGCUUUUGUAAGCGAAAGUAGUUGGAUCUCGACUCGAGCUUCGGCGAUUGGAGGUGGGCGAUCUACAAGCACGAUUAAUUUGGAUGAGAAAACUCCGAUGACGGCGGCGGCGAAUUCGAAAAGAACUGAGAACUAA